GGCGCGGUUAGGCGGGGCCGGGACCGGCUCAUCAGCAGCAGCACAGCAGUGACUCGGAAGCGGCCCCUCCCUGUCAGUGGCGGGCGCCGGGACCCAGGCCCCACCCCUCGUACUCCGCCUCAGUAGUCCAGCACCGGAAGCCAUCGGCUGGGGAUAUCCGGCCGGAGAGAGAGCUCAGCGGACCGGAGGCAGCGGCCUGCUUCACCCCAGGCACCUUCCCAUGUGGCCAGUCCCCGGGACACCCUGCACGGUGCCGACAACAGCUCUCCCGGGAGCAUAGACACAGGGGCUGUCCAGUCCGGGACAGUGUGCCGGGGAUACGGGGGCACCUCCUAUAGAGGCAUCUGUCAGCUCACAGCGCUCUGUACAGGGCCACCCGGCACCCAGCGCCUAACACUCGUAGGACGUCCGGCUCCGACAACCUCAGGGGCUCAGAUCUUCAUACGGGACGCCCGACACAGCCUCCGGGUCACCGCGCCCCACACACAGUUGUCUGACAACUUGACAAGAAACGUCCGACAACCUCCGGGACUCCGUUCUUCACCGGGGCCGUCUGACAACCUCACACAGCGCCCGACAACCUCCAAGACUCGGUACCUCACACACGGGAGUGUCUGAUAACUUCAGCACCUCGCACCAUACGUCCGGCACCCUCCAUGACACUGUAAAUAACACAAGGUGUCUACAAAAACCUCGCUCAGGGCUGUCUGACAACUCCCAGGACUGGCUUCUUGCCCCCACACCAAACUACCUGGUACCCUCCACUCUCUAGACAAAUGGCCCUUCCGUAAUGGACCCCUCAGGCCUCAUCCUAUAUUACACCAGUGUGUAAGGGUCACCUGUGUGACAGCAAGUACUUGGCUUUGCCCUGCACCAAGUCUUUCCUCCCUGGGGCACACCACCUGCAGCCCCCCAUCAUAGACUUGUACCUGGACACCACUUCUGUGCACCCCCGGGAUCUCCUCCCAGCAUCGGAUACUAGAGGACGCCGCCUUGCCCCAUCUCUGUAAGCUGUGUUUCAUGCUCCACCAUGGGCAAGGUGCUUUCCAAGAUCUUUGGCAACAAGGAGAUGCGGAUCCUUAUGCUUGGGCUGGAUGCUGCUGGUAAGACCACCAUCCUGUACAAACUAAAGUUGGGCCAGUCUGUCACAACCAUACCCACUGUUGGCUUCAACGUGGAAACGGUGACUUAUAAGAAUGUCAAAUUCAACGUGUGGGAUGUAGGGGGCCAGGAUAAGAUCCGGCCCUUGUGGCGGCACUAUUACACCGGGACCCAAGGGCUGAUCUUUGUGGUGGACUGCGCCGAUCGGGACCGCAUUGACGAGGCUAGGCAGGAACUUCAUCGCAUUAUCAACGACAGGGAGAUGAGGGACGCCAUCAUCUUGAUAUUUGCCAAUAAACAAGACCUUCCUGAUGCCAUGAAACCUCACGAGAUUCAGGAGAAACUGGGCCUGACCCGAAUCAGGGAUAGGAAUUGGUAUGUGCAGCCGUCCUGUGCUACUAACGGGGACGGGCUAUACGAAGGACUCACGUGGCUAACCUCCAACUACAAAUCUUAAUGACUAUUAGAAGAUUCCUACACAAUUUUACGAUGUUGCUUCUCUGAAGAGUAUUUUUGGAAGAAAAGUAGUGUCGCUGGAUUACGCUGAUCGCCACAUUAGAUUACAAAAUAUGGGCUGGGUUAUGUUAUAUAAAUCUAUACAUAUGUUUAUUUUUCUUUGCUCUGCGUUAGGGUUAUUUGCUCUUCUUUUUAUUUUUAACCUCCACAAAUUUCCAGACACAAAUUUCAAACAUGACUUCAAAAUUGAGUUUUAAGGAUGUGGGAGUUUCCCGCUCUAGAAGCCCCAAAGUAUUGGUUUGGUUGGAGGGGGGUGUAAAAGCAAAAUUUCUGGUUCUGCUUUUCUGUUCUUCUGUUGUAGUUUCUGCAUUCAUACAGGGUAUGUUACCAGGUCUCUAUAAACUAGUAAACUUUACAGUUUAUUCUUUAAAAUCACCCUGCAGUUUGUCUUUUAUACCAAGACUGUUUACUAAGAUUUCCACUAGCGCAUAACAAAUUACUCGGAGAAUGCAGUGGGGGUUUUUUUUUUGUUUGUUUGUUUUAAAUACAUUUAUAUUUAAUGCUUACAUGUUUGCUUAACCUUUUUUAGAAUGGUUCCUGAUAAUUGAGGCCAAAUAUUUAGCAUUGCAUCUGCCGUGAUUAAACGCAGAUGUGGAUGAUCCUAAAUCUCACACGAAAUGCAUGCUUGAGUAUGCAAAAUGUUUCUCCAAAUUGAUUAUAGCAAGAGAUCACAAGAUCCCCAGUGCCUGUGAUUGUGAAGCACUGACAUCUUCUGUUUCUGUUACGGAAAUAAUGAAAGGCCUGUCUGAUUUUGUACAUACAGUAGGGUUCUGUGUAACAUGUAGCAAUACUUUAAAAUUAUGCAAAGUGCAUUCUCUUGAAAACCAGAUUAUGUACAGCACAACUUUGUGAUUCUAUUCAAAUUGCAAAGCUUCCUUGGACGCUUGGUAAUCAGAAUGCCUGACUUGUGUUACAAGGCUACAUUACGUCAAAGCGUCGUAAUCUAUAUGCAUUUAUUAAUAAAACAAAUACCUACAUUAUUUCUCUAA